AUGGCGGCGGAUGUUCAGGCGGCAGCUGGUGGUGAUCUGCUGCCGCCAGUCCAGCGCUCCAGAAGUAGCCGAAGUGUCUCGCCGGCCUGCACGCCAGUACAAGGCAACUCCAGAUCAAAUUCUCGCGUAGCGACUCCGCCUCCUGUACGUGGAGCUUCCAAAUCGUCGACCAGUGCCAGCACACGGCACCGAUCUUCGUCUCGUCCACGCCACCGGAGCACAGACUGGGAGGAGACCGCGAAGUUUGGCGAGGCCGAUGCCGAGAGGACGGCUCAUUUUGGCGACUUCGACGUCUCGCACUCUGCCUAUUCACAGUCCGGUCCCGGCCGCUCCACCAGCCCCAUUCGACCGCCCGCCGGGCCGCCUCCAGCUCCACCCGGAGCACCGGCCGCGCCACCGCCGCCGCCGCCCCCCCGCGAAGCCUCUCAUGGACGCACAAAGGGGUCCUCCCUCGCUGGCAUGGCGGCUUCCAGUCGGCUUGGCGUCUUGUGGCUGCUGAUGGCGCCACCCCAAAACCUGUCACAUCACGAACGGGACGCCAUAGGCAACACGCCUCUACAUCAGGCAGCUGCAGGAGGAAAUCUGGAGUGUGCGAAAUGCCUCAUGGCACAGGGUUGCGACGUCCUCGCCAAGAAUGACCGAGGGCAUACCCCCUUCGCAUUGUGCACAGAUCCAGAUGUACAGCAACUUUUGCAGAAUGCAAUGAAUGCCACAGCCUGCAAGGCUUCUGGGAAGCAGUUUUCUUCCACGGUGCUGAGAUACUUGUGCUCAUGGUCUUUGGACGUGUUCUGCGAGAAGGAGAUCACACAGACGUUUGUGUUUGAGCACCCCGAAGCAACAGAGAAGGAGAAACCUGUAACCUGGUGCAAUGAGGUCAGAACGACCAUCCAGGAGCUGGAGCAUCAGCUUACCAAUGCUAUGCACCUCAAUCAGCUCGAGACGGUCACUGCCGCAUUGGAAGCUGCUGCUGACAAGCCUGUCGACUGCAAGCUGGUCCACCAGUGUAACCAGCUGAAGGAGAAGCUUGAGUCGGAAAUACAGCUAGGGAAAGCAAUGCAGGUAACAACCAUCACCGAUUUGGACGAGUUUGACAGCGUGCACGAUGCGUUGAGCAAGGCCAUUGACGAUGCAGUCGCAAAGAAAGCGGACCCAGUGCGAGUCCAAGCUGCAAAAACCUUGCGGCGGAAGCUUCUUGCAGAAGCAUCGCUCAUGCGAACUGUUCUCGGCCCGCAGAAAACUACGGUGGCUCACAUCAGCAUGCUGCAGGAGCUGCUAACAGCGGCAAAGGCAGAAAGUGCAAACGAAGAGCUCGUUCUACAAGCUUCCAAGCUGAUAGCACGACUCAGAAGUGAAAGUGAAGUGCAGCAGCGAAUAUCGGCAACGGCAGUCUUGUGCGAAGUUGACUGCUUCAAGGAAGCCGAAGGGAGGGAAGAGAUGCCGGACUGGUCUCGUGACACCGAGAGGUUCGAAGAGUUUCACGAGGACUUCAAACGCGUCAUGGAGGAUGCGGAGCGUGAUCAGAUUUCGGAAGUCCUCAUGAGCACCGCUCUGGAGCAGCUCGAUAAGAUUGAGCACUUGCUGGUGGACAAAAAGCAGACAGAAGAAGAAAUGCGCCUCAAGGCAGCAAAGGCGUCAAAGAAAAAGGACUUUCAGAGGGAGGCGGUGUCGACUCGUUCGGCAGGCCUUCCAGCUGCAAUGAAGAAGCUCCUGCUGACCGCGGUAGCUGUACUGACGCCAGAAGUCAGCUCCGCCUUAAUUCGUCAGGUAGCUUUGUCCGAAGCUUCGGGCAACAAAGGCUUGCGGCCACUUGAUGAUGACGAGCGCGAGGCCAGGGAUGCGGAGAUCGAGGCAGAGCGGACUGUCAAAGAAGCAGAAGCUGCUCUGCAAGAAAGAGAUGAGGAGCCCAGGCGUGGCAAAGGUCAGCCGCUGUUUGCGACGAUCGCUGCACUCAGGAUGGAGAAGGGCCUGCCAUACAAGGAGUUUGAACCCAGAUGCGUUAAGCACAUGGAAGAGGUGAGCAGUUCCCUUGCUGACGCCUACGGUGAUGUGCAGGUCAAGCAUCUCCUCACUCAAGAGUGCCGCCUGGAAGCUGAGUUUCCUCGCACCGUGGAAACUGGCUUUGAUGAUGUCAAGGAAUGCCUGAAGUUCGCAGAUGAGUUCGAAGCAGCCGAAAGAGAGGACAGGUCUUUCAAACAGUUCUGCAAGCAUUUCUUCCAGGCAUCGGAUCUUCCUGCUGACAGGCAGGCGACACCCAAGGAGACCGAAAUUGCAGCAAAGAAGACUGCAGGAUCCAGCUGGUGGGACAGAGCUUAUCGUGCGCCCAAUGUCAUGCGCGAGUCCACUCAGGAUAGUUCCGAGGUCGUUGGAAGCGCUGGGACAUCGAAGGCGCGUGCCAGGCGUGGCUCAACCGAUAAGAGGUCUGAAAGCGCCGGCAAGCCGAAGACACCGCAGGCAGAGGAAGGGACGGCAAAGUAUCGGCCCGAGGGGGGGAACUCCACAGCAAAGCACUCAAAAGACUCAGAGGAGGGAAGUGAGGAUUCAAGUGAGGAUGCGGAAGACAAGGGCGAGACAGCUUACGAGGCAGCCUUGCGCUCCGGAAAGAGCCCGGAAGAAGCUGCUCGCAUUGCGGCGGAGGCUGCGAGCAAGGUGGCUGAAGAUGAGGCUCGUAAGUCGGGCAAAAGCCCCGAAGAAGUGCAGCGGGCAGCAGCUGCCGCGGCUUACAAGUCCGGUGUGUCAAAUGGUAUGAGCGAGAAAGAUGCCGAGGACGCAUCUGCGGAGGCCGCUGCGGACGUCAGUGCCAAAGCUGCCCGUGGCCUUGCUGGGUCGAGCCGUGGGAGUGACAGUGGCAAGGGCAGCGCUGCCUCCACUGACACUCCGGCCACUGCAGCAAAGAAUGAGGCACAGAGAGAUGGGCCCCCCUCCGGGGCUGUUGCUCCGCGGUGGGGUUGGUUCCAGUGGCUGUGGAAUCUGUUGUGGCCAGCGAAGACAGAACCAUCAGAGAAGCCACUCAACAACACGCUGGGUCCAGCGAAGAACAAGACGACUGAGACUGGCCUUCAGACAUCUGAUCUGGAGCGUUUAGAUGCCAUUCUUCGCCAACAAAGGGAUUUCGAUGCAGACGGCAUCGUGGCUAAUACCGAUCAGAAGGACUACACUUCCGCUUGUGUGGUGCACCUGAAAAAGGUCGGCACGGCCAUCGACUCAUCCUAUUCCGACCAGCAGGCACAAGAGGUCUUAGAGUCCCAGUGCUUGCUGGACAAGGAGUGGCAGCAAACAGCAGUAUGUAACAUGCCCUCAGCAUUGCCUCCAUGCUCGUGCAGCGCUCUAUGUCGUGGAGCGAGAGGGAAGAUAAGGUUCGGACAGGGAACGGCCAGGAGGGCGUUGUUGUUUUUCACAGGUCUGUGCCGUGUGUGA